CUAGUUAACGAGUAAGAAAGUGAAAGGGACAAAUCAAAGCUGCUGAAAGCUUUAAAAUAAUUUAAUAAAAGAUCCUAGCAGCAAUGUCGUCAAACCUAAUGGUCGGCGCUCCGAGAGAAAAAUUACUAGCUUUAGAGAAAAUAGAAAAAGAUAUUGCGGCGGCGCUUCAAUCAGCAGGUCAAGCACUGCAGGAACUAUCGAAAGAUAAGCCAGCCCUCAAGCAUGUAGAGUCUCAUUCCUCAAAUUUUUUGAAGACAUUGCAAGAAAUUGAAAAUGGUCUCAGUCAACAGAUCACUUACUUAAGCCAAGUCACCACAGGUCAAGCUCAUGAAGGCUCUUCCUACGCUUCACAAAAAGAUCAUCACAUGUCUCUGCACAGGCUUGAACAUGUGAAGAGCCGCCUGGGAGAGCUGGAGAAGAUCAAGCAGGAACAUUUGCGCCAGAAACAUUCCGGCAUCAUUCGGACAUAUUCCUUGCCAGAGCAAUCCCAUCAACCCCACACACCUCAGCAACAGCAGGCAUUGACGCCCCAGCCGCAGCAGCAACAAAAACAGAGAGAUCAGCAAAGAGAACAGCAGGCUCAGCUGUAGGCAGAAUAGUUGUGAAUUUAUCCUUUGCUCAGCUUUAGUGAGGAACACAAGUACUGCAUUCUGAUCUUAUCUGUAGCCAGGACUAUAGUGACCACAUUCAGUACUCUUUGGUAGCCAGGGCAAUGUGACUACAUUCUGAGGUUAGGUGUGGAACUAGCAGCAGUUACUGCAUUCUGUAUUCAGAUAAAGUCUGGACUAUACUGGCUACAACCUGUACAUAUAGGUAUAUUACAUUCUAAUAUAUCUUUGCUGUACACAAAUUUCUGAGUGUCUAAUUUUUAUGUUUUCUAUGAAGGAACACUUCUUGAAAGGGGAUUACUAUUUUUUUUUCAUAUUGACAUAUUGCUAAGUGAAUGAUGAAUGGAAGAAUAUUUUUUUUUCUCCCACUAAUGAAUUUAUAUAAUAUUGUAAUAUAUUUUUAAAUGUCAAAUCUCUUAAUAUUUGUAAUGAAAUGACAAAUACUAGAAAACCUGGCUUGAGUGGGUCUUAAGAAAUUUCAUAUCCUAAUAGGCAAACUUUGUCAGUAGCUAUCAUACUUUUGUCUUCAUUAAACGUGAUCCCAUACUUUCUAGAAGCAUCUAGAAAUCUUUGCAGAUUCUCAUUGUGCGACUCUUUAUCAUGACCACAUACUGUUACAUUGUUCACCUAUGCAAAGGUGUCUUGCAACUUUUCAUUCUCAAUAAUUUGAUUUUUUGUUCUCUGAAAAAAUGCAACUCCAUUGGUAACACCAAAAGGGAUGCGACAGACCUGUGAUAGAGUUUGCCACAUGCCUCAAAUGCAGUAAAUGGCCUUUCCUCAGUUUUGAUUGGUAUUUGAUGGUAGGCACUUUUGAGGUCUAGUUUUUUUUUAUGUCAUUCGUUUGUUGUCACAAGCACCUGGGCUCUCAUGGAGACUUUGAGGGUUCAAUGAUUUUGUCCGCGAGGAGUUUUCUCACUUCAGGCUCAAUAAAUUUGUUAUCACCAUUGAGUGCUUUCGGGACUAGUAACCACUGGUCUGCAGUCAGAAGUUAGAUUACUGAAUAGGCGAGGUGUUUCGACUCGGGCUGCCUUAAGACCACAGAUGUGUAAAGAAUUACGUUUUCCUCCAUACUGUAUGGUUAAUUCCCGAUGAAGACUUUUAAAGUCUACACCAAGUAUUACAUCUGAGUACAAUCCAGCAAGUAUAGAAAGUUUGACCUUUUCGUAGUGUUCUCCCUUGUAUUGGACAUCAGCAAACUGAGUGUCUUUUCAGAAAGAUAUGUUGUGGCCAUGAAUGUAUAUAUAAUAAGGGUGCACUGGCCAUUUAUUUUACUUGACGAUGUCUUCUGAUCUGUAGCUUCCAGUAUCUAUGAGAGCUUGCAACACUAACUUAUUGGCGUUCACUUGGGCCGUGCAGCUAUGGUGGCUGUUGUUUUACUUGAUUUACAUACAGUUUGGAAGUGUCCUUUUUUACCGCACUGAUGACAAAAUUCAUUUCGAGUAGAGCAUUCAGUCAUAGAGUGUCUCCUUCUACCACAGAAGUAGCAUAGCCACUUAAUGGCAUUCAAUUCCUGGUCUUCACUAGAUAUUAAUUUUCUAGACGGGAGUGAGUUUGCAUUUUCAUCGCCCCACAAGAGAUUUCAUUUGUUAAAUUGUAAGCCUGCGCAUGCGUUGUGGCUGUUUCUAACACUCUAGCUUCAUCAUAAGCGCUUUGUAGAGUAAGAGAUGUCUUUUCCAGUAGCCACUGUUUAAUAGUGUUCGAUGCCAGCCCAGUUAUAAAGGCAUCUCUAAUACAAAUGUCUCUGUGCUGUUCUGCAGUUACUUCUUUAAAGUCACUGUCCCGGGCCAGGCUUGACUUGACUGUUUUGGCCGGCUGCUAUUCAUCCAUCCAUCCCAGUGGCGCUACAGCCCAUGGAGGGCUCUGGCCUGCUUCAACACAUCCUUCCAUUCAGAUUUCUCCUGGGCCUUUCCUCCCCACGCCCUAACCCCAAGCUGCUUCAGAUCUGCUACACAUCAUCAAUCCUUUGCCCGGCUGCUGUUUACAUGAAAUGUGUCAUACCAGUGAGUCCAUUUUUCUGAGGCCAGAGGAGCAUUUGGAUCAAUGUCCAACUCUUUCGGUCUAGAUGUAAUUUAUCCAUUGUUGAUUAAAACUUCCAACACAAAUCCAGACACAUAUUUAUGUUGAAUAAAUUGUAAUGAAAUAACAAAUACUAGAAAACCACUAUCUUAGCUUUAAUCAACAAGAUUAGGCUAUAGUAAACAGUGAACGAAAACAAACAGGUCUCACAUGACAUUUUUGAAGUAUUAUGAACACACACUCUGGAAUGAUCUUCUGACACGCUGGACACACACAGAAAAUAAACUCAGCUAGAGUACAAUUUUUUUAUUUUUAAUGAACACACAAAAUGCUAUUUAAUUACUCUGCUACUUUAAAAUUUGGAAAGUCCCAAGAAAAAGCCAUAUUACUUUUAAGUCUGAAUAAGAAGCUAUAUUAAUUUAAAGUUAAGGAACAUAUUUUUAGCCAUUUAAUAAAUAAUGAUAAACAGUAUAUUUUGAAUGUUUUAGAAUUAGAAAUGAAUACUCAAAGUGAUGCAUUGCAACAUUUUAUUUUUUUGUGAGUCUUUUGCAACCAUAAUAUUGUUAAGCAGACAAAAGUGGGGUACUAUGAAAUGUUUAACUUAAUUCAAUGAAAUGAAAACACUAAUACCGUACAUUAAUGAUGACUUUUCCUUGUAAAUCUGAAGAAAACAGCCUUUUGCAAUGUCUAUACCGGUAUAGAGCAUAGUGUGUUGUCAUUGCCCAAUGACCAAUUUUAUUUUUUUCCUCUUUAUCCUAUUUAAUGACAUUAUCAUUUUUUUUUAGGAGGACUUAAAUAUAAUGUGACUUUUUGUAGGGUGACUUGAUGAAUCAUUGAAUUGCCUUUUUUCCCCACGUUUGCCAUUUUUUAAACCAUGCAAUAUAAAGUGAUGUUAGCUUCCCUCAGUAUUUGUUAAAAUAUUCUGAAACACUAGUUUCUGGUAUCUCAGAAGUAGGGUACUGUUUACAACUAGAAGAGAAAGCUAAUUUUGUGUUGAUAGAUGUAAAUAAAAUUAUAGCUUUUAUAUAGCGCUACUUUCAUGCUUAUAGCAUGCUCAGAGCGCUAUGGUCCAAUCUCAUUUUUUGGACCAGUGUACCUCGGAGAAGGUUUUUCCAUGCUGCCUUUAGGCACUCAGUAAACACAACUCUGUUCGAGUCAGGUGUCGAACCUUGAGCCCCCUUAAUUGGUAGCCAAGCCAAGUUCAAGCGUACUUAGCCUCUCGACAGCACAUCCCCCUAAAUGACACAAAUAAAUGAUUAUUAUUAAAACAGCUUCAGUGUUCAUUUCAUGUUCAGCUAUUGCUGGCUGUUUAAUUCUCUCUGACACUUGAGAAUCAGCUGCAUUUUUUCUUAUUGAUGUUGCCACUCUUGAAAUAUGUUUUUUUGUGUGGCUUUUAGUAUAUUAAUUAAUAUUAAUUAGAAGGCAUUUUGUAAAUAAAUCCAGCCAGUCUUGCAGAGUUCUGAUACAUUUACAUUUGUUGUAAGGAAUAGCCAUAGAGAGAUAACUUCUCUGGAUGACUCAUACAUAUUAUUGUUGUUGCCUCCCUCUUUUGCCUGAUACUUUGAUGCCAACUUGUGUUUUUCCUUUGUUUCACUAUCAUAUUUUUCUACUUCUAGAAGUUAGCUAUUUUAAUGUCUAUCCAAAAAAAAAAAAAAAAAAAAAAAGAAACUUUAUAUAAUAGUAUUAAAGUUAAAAUGUAAAGUUCCUUGCAUGGCCUUACAGAUUACAGAGAAUAUGAAAUUGAAUCACUUAUUUGUAUUUAGGUUUACAAAGAAGUGUUAUUUAAUUAAUUUUAAUUAAUUUUUAAGUCAUUGGUUAAUAUGCAUGGCGCGUAGGACGUAAUUAUCUUCUUUUUUGAAGUAACGUCUGUAUUAUAUAAGAUUCGCUAAGCUUAAGUAGUGCUAAAUUGUUUGAAUACCUUAUUGUUAUCCAAUAUUUUAUAGCUGCAAAAUGCCGAUUUAUUUUCUUUCUGUCAGUUUCCUUUGGUGUAAUAAUUUUAACGCAGGUCUUAUUGUACUUUACGGGCAUUUACUCAUGGGAUAAAUUCAGUGGGCAGUGUCCAAAAUCCCAUUUUUUUAUGUUGUCACUGUUGGUCCACAGCAUGCAAAGCGAUUGCGUUAGAAGUGAACAUUGCUGCCAUGUUAUUGGUCAUGUUGAUAUUAUUUAAGGUGAAUAAGCAUCUUUGUUUAAAUUAAUUGUUUAAAAAUAUUGUAUUUGUUCACUACUUCUUACUGCUAGCAGUACUAAACCUAUAAUUGCAUACAGUGACACUGCAAGAAAUUAAGUAGCUGGACACUAAGAAUUUUAUUAGGUAGAACUAAUUAAAACAUCUCAUGUUUCUAAAUUUAAAAUAUUAUGUUUUCUGUCAUCAUCACAGCCUUUAUCAUAUCUCGUGCAGAUGUUGUAUUAAAUAUUUUGAUUUCAUCACACCAAAGUGUUUCAUUUUGUGACUGUCAUAGAAUCAUGAAGCUCGGUUGCUUUUAAUAACUCAGAUUUAAUUGUAUUAUGGUAUUGUCUUACAAAGCUUAACCAUUAUCAAAUUAAAUGUAUAUGUAUAUUCAAUAGAAUGCCCGAAACAUCCAGGCAAAGUGAGAAAUAAUUUCUCCAUUUCUUACUUUGCCUAGGGAUUGUAUAAAAUGUUAGGAAUUCUAAAGAAAGUGUUAAUGACAAUUUAAAGUAUUUUAUUAAUAAUAUUGUUACGAAUCUCACUAUGCAGCCUCUCUGCAAACUGCACCAUACACCACCAACUUAAAGAACUUGACAACUCAGGGCUCCAAAGUAACGUAACACUUUAAUAGUUGAAUAAAUAACAGCCGAUACUGUACAAUUGGCAGCAAGUAACACAAGACUGUACAAAUAUCUCUCUGAUAUCACCGUACCGCCGUAUCAACUCUUGCACUGGUCUCUCCGUCUAGUUCCAGGCUUGCCCUGGGUUCAACAGUUCAGGACUGACUUCACACACUAGGCUCGUUGUGUCGGACUCGAUCACAGACCAAGAUCAAGACGCCAGUCGUCUCAACUGUACUUGACAGUACUCCGCACUGAACCGCCAUAAUGCUCCGUACUGAACCACACCGUUGAACUGUGCUGUAGUGAACCUUCUGUCGUGAACCCCUUUUCUGAACCGUCUUGACUGCGACACCUCUGCUCUUAUAUAGGGUCCCUACUGGCCUUCUCGAACCGGACAGAACGCCGCUCGACGUUUCUAGGGAGUCAGAUGACUACAACUCUCGUGACGCUCCUGAGCUCUGUUCACGAUGUCGGUCCUUCCCGAACCAUCAUGUUGACACUCGUCUCGGCUGACCGUCGUAACUCGUCACGGUUGACCGCUCCUCUAGCGCUGGCCUGGGGCAAUUUGCGUCGCUGACUACACUCACACCACUACCCCCAUUUAUGCCGCCACUAGGUUUAUAACAAUAUUUUAAUAAGUAUGUUUUUAAUUACAAUCUUCUAGGUGUGCAUGCUUCAUACAACUUAAUUAUACUAGUACUAGGUAAAAAGUUGAUGUUUCAUAUUGUUUGUAUGAAAGGCGAAAGUAAUGUAAUCAAGGCAAAUACAACUACUAAGAAGGAAUCACUUUACUAGAUAUUGACAAAGCUGAAAACACAUUUUUUUGUGAUGAGUCUUUAGUGUAGUUCAUUUUUUGUUUGAAAUAGUGACACAUAUUUCGCUAUAAAAAAAGUGCUCAUAAACAAAAUAAUUAAUUUUAUAGCCUAGGACUUUCAUUUUUCAUUAAAUACUUUGAAAGCCUAGUUUUUAAAGUUCACUUUGUCUCGUUUUUAUUUUCUGUCCUCCUUGGUGAGGUUUUAUCUCUUUUACUGUCCUCCUGUGGGUUUGAACGCUUCCUAGUAAGCCUCAGUGGGACUCACUGCAUGUUUUCUCAACAUAAGAUAAUUUAUAUGAACAAGGGAAAAGUUGGAAAUGCAAUAAAAACGUGUACAAAUAGAAUAUG